AUGUCAGCGCGGGAGGUCGAAUUGGAGGUCGCCCCCGACACCUUCGGCUUCAGUCAGGGCAGUUCUGGAUUGAGAAACCGUCACCAAGCGGUCCCCAACGGAAGCGCUAUUGAUGAAGAUACCGGGUACCCGCGCGUGCUGCAGGAGGCCUCGUCACUGCAGGAGCGCAGACAAAGCUUUGUUUUGGCCCUUAUCUCAGUGGUGGAUGUCAUCAGCAGUGCUGUCAUGAUGGGCGUGGCCUUCAAAUUUGCGUAUCGCGCAGUUGGAGCGUCACUAUACUGCCUUGGCAUCCAGGCAAUAUCCCAUAUGCUCUCUUCCAUCAUCCUGGUCGUGCGUUUGGUGGGAGAACUUGGUGUGCCGCAAGAUGCGGAAGAGUCGCUGCUGAGGGAAAAGCGACGAAAGUUCUUGUAUCGCGAGCAGGGUCUGAACGUGGUCAUGGGACUUUCCAUGCUGGUUGCCGCAGCAGCGCUGGUUUUCAAGGCAGCGAGAAAGAUCAGAUUCUGGGAUCAGUGGUACAGAGACCACCAAGACAUGGAUUCAGAGGCUCAGUGGGCUACAGAGUUCCUUGCCUGGUACGGUUUCGCCUUCUACCUGCUGCAGGCGCUUGCUCGCUUUUUCCUUGGGCGGAUGUUGCGCAGGGGUAUUGUUUGGAGUGCGCUCGUGAACUCAAUCAUCAGUCUGAUUUUCCUUUUGGUGAUGGGACUGGCAGCAAGUUACGAGAAGGAAGGGAUGUGGAAGGCCGAACCAAUCUGCGCGAUUGUGCUGGCAAUAGUCAGCCUGGUUGAAGGCAUCAGGAUAGUCAUUUGCAACAUGGACGACAUGGACACAAGAAUGCGAUUUGACGCCAGGGCAUAA